AUGUCCUAUUAUUUAGAUGCAUGCAUAAACCCUGCUUGGAUAUCACCGCCUUGCAAUGAAUUCCUAGAGUUAUUGCUUUGCCUCCUCGACCAUUGCCCUGCUGUUCAACUCUGUUGUGAAGUCAAACAGGGGUUUUACGUCCCUAUUUUACGGGAGAUGCUUGACGAUAAUUUGAAUGUUUUAUUAUUCAACACUACGAGGUAUCCUUAUAUCAGUGACAGAAAUAUAGAUGUAUUUGAUAAGUUUAUUGGUCUCUGCGAGGAAUAUUUCACCAAAGCUUCAUUUUGUCUCAUGGGACGUUUACAAGAUAAAGAGACCUGUAAUGACCUCAAUUACAAGAAAUCACUAGUUUCACAAAUAAAGGAUGUCUGCAGCGAGAGAAGUGCCCUCAAGUCACAAUCUCAUCUCAGAAAAGUUACAAGCGAGCUUGGAGAUUAUGACAAAUACGACCGCGUUUCCUUGCUUCAAUCAAAGGUACAGAUAAUCAACAAUCUUUACCCUUACACUGGUAAGCAGAUAGAAUGGAAGGAUCUAAAUACAAGAAUAGAAUACAAGAAUGUGUGCAAGUCUACCGGCGAGCAGAUUAUUUGGUGUCCAGUCAGAAACAACAUUAAGUUGGAGAUUAUUAUGAAAAAGAACUGUGCGAUGAUCAACGUGGGCGAAACACUGCAGCAAUGUCGUGAUAAUCCGCUCGUCUUGUUUACAGGAAAAGAGAUGAUGAAUUUGUUAAAGAUCAUUGAAGAAUCUGAAAAGUCCAAAAACGAACGUGUUAUCGUAUCUCAAUCCUAUUUUUCGAAACUGGAUAAAAGUAUAGAACGGUUUUACGUUUCUGGUAAAAUUGAUCAAGGAAUGGAAUAUCAUAAGCACUAUCAUAAACUAUUGUUAAUACAAGCGCAAUUGAAGUACAUUAGUCAAAUAUCAAUCAAAACCAAGCCAGAAGUGCUCUUCACAAAAGACAAAAAUGAAGAUUAUGACAAAGAGAAUGAGAAUUUUCAUUUAAACAUAAAAGUUUAUUCUUGUCAUAUUCACUAUAACGACUACACAAAUGCUCUCCUCAAGAGAUCGACAUCAGCUAAAAUAAUAGCACCUAUCGAUAAUCGGAAAGCCUCUGUUAAUGAAGAAGUUGAAAAAGCCUCGGAUGUUAUUGCAGAAGUUGGUCGUUGGAAUAUUAAUAAAGGCGUCUUCAAAUGUGAAGCUGCUGCAAAAUUAGUCAAUAGCAAAGGUCGACUUUACGUACUUAAUGUCCCACCUUUUGGUACUAGCCUAUUUCGCCAAAUCCAUUCUGGCGACUCAGAAACAAACGCGCAUACCGAAUCUAUCACAACUAUUACAGAUACCACAAGUAAUAGCCCACCACCACACGCUAACAAACUUCUUAUUGAAGAACCCAUUGACGAAAAUUCUUCUAAUGAAAAUAUCAAUCACAACAUUAGCCACAGCACAAGUAAUAUGAGAAUACCAGUUUUACCAGUGUUUUCAGGAGAUACAAUCUCAACCCCUAAAGCAACAUUUGAUAAAUUCAAAAGAAAACACUACCACAAUAUUAAGACCAAUACAGAAUAA